AUGUCUGAACAGGCAAGAAUACAGGAAUGCCUGAAAAAAGAAAUAAGGUCACUCCUCAUUUCCACCAAACAUGGCUUAACCCCACAACAGUUGGAAAAGGAGUACCUUUUAAUGGUUGGCAACCAUCUACCUCUCCGAAUCCUUGGGUACCGGUCCACAAUGGAUCUGAUUUUGGACAUACCUGAUGUUGUCAAUGUCUGCUCCUGUGGGGAUGGUACUGUUAUACUCAAAGCUAUUCCAGAUGAAUCUACCAAAGGUAUAGCAAGUUUAGUUGCAAAACAGAGAAGCAACCCCAAAGUUCGAAACCCAGUGCCAAAGGGAAGGGCCAGCAUUUGCCGCGGGUCAAGCUCUCGUGGUCAAGUUGCUUAUCGAGGAAGAGUACCCCCUAUUCUUCCAGCCGUUGUGAAGAGUGAGUUGAAAGAUCUCUUGGCAUUAUCUCCAGUUCUUCUUUCUGAUUUUGAUAAGGCUUUUGCUAAACGAUUUGGACGAUCCUUCCAGUAUAUGCAGUAUGGAUUCCUCUCUAUGUUUGAAGUGCUGAGUGCAGCUUCAGAUGUCGUUUCUGUAGAACAGACCAGAGCAGGUUCUUUGUUGACACUGAAGAAGAGUGUGUUAGAGGAAAAGCAGAGAGGGUGGCCAGCAGGUAAAUUUUUUACCCAGCCAUUUAGAAUGAAAGAAGGCUCAUUCUAUACAGGCUCCCCUUUAUCAGGGGCACGUUUUCCACAACACGUUUCAAACAUGGAGCCACCAAAGCAAAUAUUGGAAAAGACUUCCAAUAUAAAAGCCAUGGAGACUUCAAGGAUGAAUCACACUGAAAAGCUAAACCAGUUGGAAAACACAUUCAAAUCAGUUAUUGUUCAACUUGGACCUGGAGGGACUAUCGACCCAGAGAUAAAACAAAAGAUUAAAUUUGUUGUAUCAAAGUUUCCAGAGGGUUUGCUUAUGUCCAGACUUCUAGGAGAGUUUGAAGACAUUUUUAAAGAGAAACUUUCACCAAAAAAAAUGGGCUUCUUAAAUGUGACAGAACUUGUUGAUGCUCUUAGUGACAUUCUGCACGUGGAGUUCCAGGAAGGAGAACAGGACUUACUAGUGUUUGAUGCUGAUUUGAAAUCUCUGCCACCUCUUCAGACAGGUAACAAAAUAGAAGCCAAUAUCAGUCCCCCUAGAAAUUUACUGUCUAAUGCUGCUGUCAGGGAGAUGACAUGGAACAGUCCUUCAAAAAACGUUAAAGAGCCAGAACAGAAGAUUUACAAGAAACCUAAUCUUGUGGUCAAGCCUUUACAGCUGCAAGUAGGAAUAAAUAAAUCACAGCUCAGCCUGCCAGUGGUAAAUCAUGACAUCCCACCAGAUGCUGUUCGGGACAAGAAAUUGUUCAGACUACCACCAUUAGACACUAGUACCCUUGUGGGAGUCUUUGUGGAGUAUAUUAUCUCUCCUAGUCAGUUCUAUAUCCGAAUCUAUAGCAGGGAUUCAUCAGAGUUACUUGAAGAUAUGAUGAUUGAAAUGCGGCGCUGUUAUUCUAAUCAGAUGGUUUCUGAUCGAUACAUUAUGCCAGAAUAUUUCAUUCAACCAGGACAUCUCUGUUGUGUAAGAAUUUCUGAGGAUAAGUGGUGGUAUCGGGUCAUUAUCCAUCGAAUACUUGGCAAACAGGAAGUUGAAGUGUUUUAUCCAGAUUUUGGAAAUGUUGGAACUGUCCAGAAGUCCUCCCUGAGGUUUCUCAAAUGCUGCUAUACAAAGCUUCCUGCACAGGCUAUUCCCUGUUCUCUGGCGUGGGUGAGACCAGUAGAGGAACACUGGACAUCCAGAGCAGUUCUGCAAUUCCAGAAGUUGUGUGGUUUGAAGCCAUUAGUGGGAGUAGUUGAUGAAUACAUAGAUGGAAUCCUUAACAUUUUUCUGUGUGAUACUUCUUCAAAUGAAGAUGUCUACUUCCAUCAUGUCUUGAGGACAGAAGGCCAUGCAAUUGUAUGCCGAGAAAAUGUCCCUUCUAAGGGUUUCAGAGACCUUAAUCCUUUAGCUUUGUACACUAAGUCAAGUCCAGGACCAGAGGAUACCCUUCUGACCGAAUCAAGUUAUCCUUCCCAGCAGUGUCAUUUUAACAAAGAUCAAGAGAGAAAUCCACAAUCCAAAGGGACUGAGCCAUAUACGUUGCAAGAUAUUAAUGAUGAAAAGGCUUUAAGUCUCCUUACAUCUGAGUCAGAGAAGCCAUCCAAGGAUUUGACGUCUUUGAAAACCAAAGAUAAGAAUUGUGAAGAGGAUGCAGAGUGGCCCAGCGCAGUGCCUAAGGAUCUGAAGGAAGACAAUGAGGAUGAGCUUCCCCCUGGAAUGCCCUGCCUGGAGUUGGUGACAAUAGGUGAUGAUAUUUGGGAUGAGAAUUGCUUACCUCUGCAGGCUAAAAUGGGGAAGAGAGGUAUUGCUGCUUCUCAUCCAUUUACCUCAAGCUUUGGUGGAAAGAAACCAUCAUGUAAAGAAAUACCACAGAAGGAUUGGUGUUUUUCUACACCCCAAGAUAUAUGGGAUGAUUCAUGGCAGCCUUCAGGCCCUGUGAAUGGAAUGAAAGUAGAAAUUCAGAAACAAGGAGGACUGAAUGCUCAGGAAAAAAAUACUGAGACAACCAGGAUUCAAAAGGUCAAUGAUUCUUCGGAUUCAUCCACACUGCACCAGUCAUUAGAAGAUUUCUACAUCUCUCUGAUCCACUCCCAGCAAUCAACAGAGGGGAGCCACUUUGGACCUAACAGCAUUCCUUCUCAGCCAAAGCAAAUUCAGCUGUCCACAACCACGUCCAGUUCAGCUCCUGCUGUGGUAGAUUCUACAGAAAAGCACUCAGGCUCAGUGGAAAGCUCUCCAGGGAGCCUGCAUAGUGAAGAUAUAUCCAGUAGUCAUGCUGUUACAGUGUUCAAAGACAAGGAUCAAGGAGCCAUGGACCAGAUCUCAUUGAUUUUGUCUCCAGAACACCAGAUUUCUCAGAAGUUCUACGUCCCUCGGAGUACAGCCACUGCUGCUUUAGGAGCUGCUGCCCGGCUCGCCACGUCCCAGAGCUUCCUGCACUGGUACCCCAGUGUGAAAAGGCCGGACAAGUGA